AUGCUCUCCACUUCCCCCUCUCCCUCCCGCUGCGCCCUCUGUCACCCCAUUUUGGCGAUCUCCGCCUUCAGCCGCUGCGCGAAGUCUGGGUUAGUGUCCUCGUCGUCCCAGUCCGGCUGCCACAGCUGCGCCUCGGCCUCAGCCCUCGCCAGCUCCUCCUUCCAGUCUUCGUUCUCGAACUCCUCGAAGGUGUCGUCCUCCUCCAGGGACACCUCGCGCCGCUCGCGCCCCUUCUGGUCGGCCAUGGUCAGCGCUUGCCAACGUGGUAGAGGCCUGUCGAAAGGGCUGGCCGCCUGGGCUGCUGUGCUCCCCGCCCACUACGGGUUCUUUGGCUUUCCUGUUUUGGCCAUGCACAUCAUUUUGUGCGAUUGUUGGAUGGGGAGAAAUGUAAAGGAGACAAAAUGA